AUGGAUCUGAUCAACUCUACUGAUUACUCAAUAAAUGGCUCUACUUUAAUAAGAAACAGCACACACUUUCCAGCUCCUGUAUCAAAAAUAAUCAUCGCCCUUCCUUUGUUUGUGUCAUUUAUAAUUGGUACCAUCAUCAACGGCCUCUAUCUAUGGGUGCUAAAAUUCAAGAUGAAACAGACCGUCAAUACUGUCUUAUUUUUUCACCUCAUUCUCACGUAUUUUAUUUCAACAUUGGUAAUGCCAUUUAUAGCCAUCUCCCAGCUUGAGGAUAAUUACUGGACUUUCGGAACUGCCUUGUGCAAGGUCGUCAAUAGCAUUUUGUCUCUGGGGAUCUUUGCCUCUGUUUUCUUCCUCUCGGCCAUCAGUCUCGAUCGCUAUCUUCUCAUUCUUCACCCGAUAUGGUCCCUGCAGCAUCGAACCCCACGCGGGGCUUUCAGCGUUGUCCUGGGAGUCUGGAUCUCUGCAACUGCCCUCAGCAUCCCCUAUUUGGUGUUCAGGGAGACACAUCAUGACCAAAAAGGAAAGUUGAUCUGUCAGAAUAACUAUGUUGUGUCUACUAACUGGGAAAGAAAGGAGAUGCAAACUUUAAGUCAACGCAUUCACAUCGCCUUUUUCAUCAGCCGUUUCUUGCUGGGCUUCCUUGUGCCUUUCUUCAUCAUCACCUUUUGUUACCAAAGAGUAGCCAGCAAGAUGAAAGAGAAGGGCCUGUUUAAAUCCAGCAAGCCCUUCAAAGUCAUGACGGCAGCCAUCAUCUCUUUCUUUGUAUGUUGGGUGCCCUACCAUGUAUACCAGGGCUUACUUCUCAUCAAGAAUCAGUCGUUACUUUUAGACUUGACUACGAUACUUACAGCACUAACCACUUCCUUCAAUACUGUCUUUUCUCCAACGAUGUACUUAUUUAUUGGGGAGAAUUUCAAAAAGGUUUUUAAGAAGUCCAUUCUUACUCUGUUUGAGUCAGCAUUUAAUGAAGAUUCUUCUGUAGAAAGGACACAUAACCUAAAUUCAGGAACCUAA